AUGAAAUAUCGUAGUUAUGAUGGAAGUUGUAAUAAUUUACAAUAUCCUUCUCGAGGAACUACAUUAACACAGCUAGUAAGAUUAUUACGUCCAGCUUAUGAAGAUGAUUUAAAUGAACCUAUAGGAUGGGAUACUAAAAAAUUAGUCCGUCCACCGGCAAGACUUGUCUCGCAAAACAUUGUUUCAACAUUGAGUAUUGUCGAUGACGGCUCAUUCAGUCAUAUGUUAAUGCAAUGGGGCCAAUUUAUUGACCACGAUAUUAGCUUAAUUGUUGGCAGUAGCAGUCGAUCUACAUAUAAAAGUAGAAUACCAUGUGAUAAAUUAUGUCGGAAUGACCCUCCUUGUUUUCCAAUCUAUCCUGCACCUAAUGAUAAGAGAGUACCUAAGGAUGCCUGCAUCGAAUUUACACGCUCCAGUGCUGCUUGUGGUACUGGUCUCUCUAGCAUAUUUUUUAAUGAGCUAUUACCUCGACAGCAGCUUAAUCAAGUUACAUCUUAUAUUGAUGGAUCGACUAUUUAUGGUUCUUCCAAAGAAGAAGUUAGGCGUUUGCGCGAUUUAGACCAUGAUGAAGGUUUGCUAAAGGAGGGUAUUAAAAUUUCCCCAAGGAAACGAUUAUUACCCUUCCAUAAUGGCGCCCCGGUUGAUUGCCAGAUUGAUGACCAAGAUCAAAGUGUUCCAUGUUUUUUAGCAGGUGACAUUCGAGUUAAUGAGCAAUUAGCAUUAACCGCUAUGCACACGAUCUGGAUGAGGGAACACAAUCGAAUAGCUAGCAAACUAAAAAAGCUCAACUAUAAUUGGAACGGUGAAAAGAUAUUUCAAGAAGCACGUAAAAUAGUGAUUGCAGAAAUACAACAUAUUACAUUUCACAAUUUCCUACCUAAAAUAUUAGGUCAAGAAGGUUUAAAGCUACUUGGAAAAUAUCAGAACUACCAACCGGAUGCAGACGCGACGUUAAUUAAUUCAUUUGCCACCGCUGCAUUCCGAUUUGGCCAUGGUACAGUAAGACCAACUCUAUUCCGGCUUAAUGAAUUAUAUCAACCUAUUCCGCAGGGUCAUUUACGUUUAAGAGAUGCAUUUUUUGCACCUUCAAGAUUACUUCAUGAAGGUAGUAUUGAUCCAAUAUUACGUGGGUUAAUCUUCUUCCCGAGCAAAUUAAGCCGAUCAGAUAGAAUGUUAAAUGAAGAAUUAACCGAUCAUUUAUUUGGUAUGGCUCAUGAAAUUGCUCUCGAUUUGGCUUCAUUAAAUAUUCAACGCGGACGAGAUCAUGGUUUACCUAGCUAUAACCACUAUCGCGUUAUGUGUAAUUUACCAGCAGCAACCCAUUUUCAUGAAUUAUCCAAUGAGAUUACAAAUCGAACCAUUUUAAAUAAAUUAGAAAAAGCUUAUCAACAUCCUAACAAUAUUGAUUUAUGGGUUGGUGCUAUGGCCGAGGAUGCUUUAUUCGGAGGUCGAGUUGGACCAACAUUUGCUUGUUUAAUAGCUUUGCAAUUUAAUCGUUUACGUGCUGGUGAUCGAUUUUGGUAUGAAAAUAAAGCUCAAUUCUCUCCUAAUCAACUUACUCAAAUUAAACGCAGCAGUUUAGCACGGAUUCUGUGCGAUAAUGGAGAUAAUAUAACUCGCGUUCAAAAUGAUGUUUUUCUUAACGUCUAUUACGAAGGGGAUAUCACAGACUGCGAUGCUAUUCCAUCAAUAGAUUUAAAACAUUGGUAUGAAUGUCAAGACGGUAAGCAAAAAAAGAAAUUUUAA